AUGCGAACUGAUGACAGCGUCAACGGCAUCGACGACGGCAUUGACUACGAUGAGGACAAACAGCUGUUCUUCAUAUACCUCAAACCGCAGCAAGUACUCGAUAAAAUCGUUCGCAUUCUUCCCGUUCUAUCGUCAUCGUCCCCAGCAAUUGCGCUGCUCAUGGAAUCCAUUUUAAGAAUAUGUCAAAUCAGCGCCACCUUUGCACGUACCAGCAACUCCGAAGUCACCUAA